GUAGUGGCUGAAGUUCACGCUGCAAUUACUCAUCAAUGGCUGCCCCACACGCAUGCAUUUGGUUUGGGAGUGUGUGUGUUGUCUACUCUCACCUCAUAGCACUACUAGUCAUCCUGAUUUUGUUGCUUCUUGCAUGCAGAACCUGUAGGAAGAGACGCAUUGGAAAGACACUGGAAACGGAACAACCGAAAUGGGAUAAACGUGUUGUUGUUCAGAGCUGGGCAAUGAACUAUAUGGAAAUGAAUCUUACCGCAGAAUAUACCAUCAUAGAACGACGUAAAGUGCUUCUGGAUAUGAUCAAUUCUACAAAAUUUAAGAAAUACUUCGAAGAAGAGAUCGGAAAGACGACUCCUGGCACCCUUGAGGCACCAAAACGAGUUAAGCGAAGAAAAAAAGCUCGCCGGGGCAAAGUCUCUGCGGAAGAUGCAAGCAGUGGCAGACUCAGUGCAUUCUAUCUAUCCUCACUGAAACAGGCUGUUGCGGAAGGAACCAGCCAACUCGAAGUGGACGGAGCUUUUGAAAUGAACCCACCUGAGAAUGCAGACCAGGAAAAAGAUAAAAAAGUCAUCGACGCUGCUGAAAGAGCGGUUCUCAGGGUAGCAGACGAGCGCGACCAAGUUCAGCGCAAAACUUUCACGAAAUGGGUGAACAAGUAUUUAUCCAAGCAAAACAGACGCGUUGAGAAUCUUUAUGAAGAUUUUCGAGAUGGCCAUAAUCUCAUUGCGUUACUCGAGGCACUGUCGGGCACUUCACUGCCUCGAGAAGGAAACUACAUGUCACACAUGAGAUUGCCAAGAGAAAAAGGUCGUAUGCGAUUUCACCGCUUACAAAACGUUCAAAUUGCUUUGGAUUUCCUUAAAGGGCGAAAGCUACGUCUGGUAAACAUAAGAAAUGACGACAUCACAGACGGCAACCCCAAACUCACCCUCGGUCUUGUUUGGAACAUCAUUCUGCACUUUCAGAUUGAAGACAUCACUGUUGAGGGCACAGAAGACCUAUCUGCCAAGCAAGCACUCCUUAUAUGGGCACAGAGGAACAUGGAAGGUUACGAUGGAAUCAAUGUCACAAAUUUUUCAUCCUCCUGGAGAGAUGGAAAAGCAUUUAAUGCAAUUUUGCACAGAAACAAUCCUGAACUCAUUGACAUGAACAAAGUGAUGGCAAACGACAACAAAACAAACUUAGAUCAAGCGUUUGCAAAAGCUGAAAAUAAAUUUGGCGUCACCCGAUUACUAGAUACUGAAGAUGUGGAUGUUGAUCGUCCUGAUGAAAGAUCCGUCAUUACAUACGUUUCAUCACUUUAUGAUAAAUUUCCACAAGUUCCCCCUCUUCCUACCUCUGUCACUAAAGAAGAAUGGCAGUACGCUUGGGAGGAAUAUCGGCUCCUUACAACUUCUCUAUUUGAGUGGAUCCAAACACAGACGUGCAUUCUUUGUAGAAGAGAUGACAUCAAGUCUGCUGAAUCACCUGCUCAAGUUAAAGCACUUAUUGUGGAACUUAAGAGAUUUGAAACAGAGGAUGUGCCAUUGAAAGAGGCUGACUUAAGGUCACUUGUAUCAAUGUACGUUGAUGUACAAGAACUCAGCAGCAAAUCACGUGGCAAGUAUAUGCCAGUGUCUGGGUUUGAACCCAAGAAAGUUGUAAAUGCAUGGGAGGGGAUGGUGCAUGAAAUGAGUGAAAGGGACAACCACCUUACUAUUACAUUCAACAGGUUGAAUGCACUUCAUGAAGUCACGCUUAAAAUAGCCAAGGGUGCCGAUGAAUGUAAUGAUAAACUUAACCAAGCUAAUGCAGGAAUACAAAGGAUAAUGAAUGGCGAAGACGAUGCGAAACUCCACAGUGAUGUCAAGGCUUUACUUGAUUCCUGUGAUGGGGAUAUUCGUACAUUGUUUGUUGAUGUACAAUCUCUCAAAAACAGCGAUUACUACCAAGCUGAAGAUAUGUAUAAAACCGUUUUCGCUUUACAUGAAAAAUGGAUUGCGUUAAAGUCUGAAUACAACAUGGCGCUUCAACACAUUGAGCAGAUAAGGCUUGAUGCACUUGCUAACAUGAAACCCAAACUAGAGGAUACAAACGAAUACAGAUUCCUUGUCCAGUGCAUAAAAUGGGUGGAAGAAAAACAGGCAACAGUUGACAACUUUGCUUGGGGAACUGACUUUCCAACGGUUAAGCAACAGAUUGAAGAUUUUGCGAAACUACAGAAAGAAAUUAAGAACUUUGAAAAAAGCGUGCACACUUGCCAACACGAGAACAAAAACAAGUUCGAAAAUGGAUCCAGUGAUUUUGUCACUUACUGUCAGCUUCUCUCCACUUUGGAAGUAAACUACCAACUCUUAUGUAAUUCGGCCAACACGAGAUCUGCUCACCUUGACAGUUUGAUUGGUUUUGUUCGAGAUGCAACAACUCAUUUAAUGUGGAUGAACCAGAAGGAAGAUGAUGAAACUGUGAAGAGCAUUCCAGAUUAUGACGCUCCUACUCUUGAGCAGGAAUACCUGAACCUAAUGGGAGACAUAGAAGCACGCGAGCCUUCAUACACCUCAACACUUAAGAAAGGACAGCAGCUUGUAGAUGAACAACACCCAGCUAACAAUGUAGUCAGUGCAUACCUCACUGCACUUAAGGAUCAAUGGCAGCGAGUUCUUCACUUAAUGCUCUGCCAUGAGCAGCAUGUGAAAGACCUCACACAACAUGACCAGUUCUGCCACAACUGUGCCAUUGCCGAACGCAAACUUGAGGAUUGUAAGAAAGAUAUUCAAGAUUUGAACGAAACAAUUGAAGAUGGAAUCAAAUUAUCAGAUGUUCAAGAAAUUUCAAAUAAACUUAAUAAACUGCAAGAUGAAGUAGCUGACUUGAAAAAAUCAGUUGACGUGAUCAAAACACAGAGCAACGUUGUUCCUUGUGUUGAGGAGAGGCGAGUGGAUGCUCCAUGUGAAAAGAAUGUUCAUAUUCAAGCACUUGUUACUUACAGGGGAGAUAAUAUCGCUGUCGCAAAAGGAGAAGACUGCAUCCUCCUCCACAAGGAAGAUGAUCCGGCUCAAAACUGGACCGUGCAGACCGCAUCCGGUCAAACUGGGAGCGUUCCCUCCCUCGUCUUCCGAAUUCCUCCUCCCAGCUCCUCCAACAUCCGAAGAGCGGAUUCUUUGGAUGAGGAUUUGGAAAAAUUGUCCGAGGAUCAAAAAGUUUGCGAAAAUCGAUGGAAGUUUUAUAAAGUUGUCGUAGGGAACAAAGAAAACUGCCAGAAUGUUUUGUCCUGGAAUAUCGACACUUACCGGACCCUGACUCCAACGGAGCGUGAAAACGCUCUUCAUCAGCUCGCGGACGACCUUAAUCUGAUGAAAGAUGUUUCCAAAGACAUCCCUGAUAACACCACUCCCCAUAUACAGAAAUCAUCCAUGGAUGUAAACCUAUGCAGGCAACAUGUGGAAGAUUUGGAGAAGAAAUUGCAAGAAGAGAAUGAUCUUGAAGAGACAUGUCAAUCCUACAUCUCAAGACUUAAUGUUUUGCUCCGGAGGAUUUCGGAUGUCCAUGAUACAGUGAUGACCAGAGUGAGCAAAGAUCUCCCUCAAGAUAAAGAUGAGGUUCAAGUUUUACUCCAGGAGCAAGAGGCAUCUGCAAAUGAGCUUUCACGUCUAGAACCUCAUUACUCCCAAACAUGUGACGACUCACGAAAAAUACUCGAAAGCAAUCCAAAAACUCCUAUGACACAACAACUUUCAACACAACUUGAUGUAGUUGUGGACAAAUGGAACAACACUUGGAACAUCACUUAUGUUUACCUUGAUAAGAUCAAAGUUGUUCAUCUGAUCCUCGUAAACCUGGAUGAAGCGGGUAACGUCGUCACCGAUGUGGAGCAAACUCUCUUAGUUCAUGAUGUAGAUCUCUCGGAUCGUGAUCAGCUCCUCCAGCAGCAAGAAGUCUUCCUGAGUCGAUGUGACAUAAAUACAAACCUCAGGGAUCAGAUGAACCAGAAGAGCACGCUCUUUGUGAGGUUGGAGGAUCACAGGAACAAGAUGCAGGAUGUGGAAGUAAAGUUGAGCGAGGCAGUAAACGCUCCUCCAACAUCCAAAGAUGUAGAAGAAUGCUCCGAGAGAGCAGAUGACCUUUUACAAAGAUGGAAAGUCUGCAAAGUUAAAGUGGAUGACAGAUUAAACAAGAUCACAGCUGUUCUUCCCCAAGCAGAAAAAGCGCUUGCUGAAGAAAAAACCAGCCAAUCUCUUAUCGCAAGGCUGCGAAAACUUCUGGAGAAAAUUCAAUCGAUUGAAGAAAAAGAGAAACCUCUUACUAACAAUCCACUUCCACAUGAUAAAGAUGCUUUGGCUGAUGUACAAAACACACAACAGGGUUUGGUCGAUAAAGUUGAAGAUUUGAAAACCGAUUACGAUUGCUUGCAAGCAGAAGUUGUAAACUUUGUCAAUCACGAAGCUACAGGCGCGGCACCGAGCUUGCCAGAGCUUCGCGAGGCUUUACAUGACGUACAAGAAUGCUGGACACGUGUGUGGCUGAUCACACAUAUCUUCCUGGAAAAAAUUCGUGGUGUGACGCACACCAUACAAGCACUGAAAGUAUGUGAAGGGGCGGUGGAAAACUUUGAAACAGCAAUUGCUGAUGAUUGCGACACAGAUGACUUGGCAGCGGUCCAGUUAAGAAACCAGAGAAUAAAGAAUCUUCUCGGAGCAUGUGACAAUGUGGACAACAGUUUCGGAACGCUCCGGAAGAACCACUCCUCCACCAGAGGAGUUGUCUCCCAAUUUCCUCCAGAGAUGAUGCAAGGUCCGGAGGUAGAGGACCUGGACACAGAGAUCACAGCUCUGGAAGAAAGAUGGGCAGCAGCCAAAGCAAAACUGAUGAUUCUAGCAGCAAAUACGGAGAAACAAUGUCUUAAACUGCAAAAAGCUUCAUCCAUGGAUAGAGAAGCAAGUGACUUACUGCACAGAGUCCUCGCAUUAAAUGCUGAGCUCAGCAGAAUUGAGCAAUCCCAGACAACCCUUAUACAGAUGCCAUUAUCUCAUGAUGAUAAAAACAGUAUCGAGAGAUGCAUGUUACAACAAAACCACAUUGGCGAAAAGCUGCAUCUACUUUCCGGAGAUUAUUUCACACUUUCUGCCGAAUGCACAAACAGCCAUCAAGCAAAUGGCACAGAUGACGUUAGCUUCCUAAACACCACCCUUGAAAAACUUGACGAUGCCGAACGCAUAAUGCACCAACUGUGGGAGGAAUUGAACAAGGUUUCUCAACUCUAUGCAACAAAACUUGCUGUCUUGAAAGAAGCAGUUGUGAAAAUCCAUGACUUUGAAGAUACAACAUCAAACUAUGAACAAUGUAUUGAAAAACCGGUUGAUUCUGGUGACGUCAAUGAACUAAAGAAACUUAGAGCACAAAUCAUGCAACUUGCUGCAGAAGUUCCCAAGCAGGACGAAACCGCCCAAGCCACCAAGUCUAAAGUUGGUGAAGUUGAAAAUGCAGGGGAACAGCUCAUGGCAGCGAGCCCAACGGCGCUCGACGCGCACAUAGAGCCCGACGUGGACGCUGAACAAUGCAAGAGCAAAUAUGUGUCGGUAGACGAGCGCUGGGAGGCGGUGAAGUCAAAAUUGGCGGAUCGACUUGAACAAGUUGAUGCUGCUAUUACGGAUAACCUUGCAGUUGCGGAAACAGAGCGUACAAACAUGACACUUCUAUCUGAAAUUGAAUCUCUAUGUUCUGAGAUUGGUAAAGUCGAAAACGCUCAGCUUGUUCGAGCAGACGUUAUGCUGCCUAACGAUGUGACUGCUGUUAACAGAGUCAUUAACCAACAAAAGGUUAUGUCAGACAAGCUUGAAAAUGAACUGCAACCAAAAUACGAGGACUUAUGUGAACGCAGUAGUCAGCAACUUGCUACAACUCCUGAUUCGCCGACAAAGGACAAACUACAACACGCUACGUCAAAUAUGAACGACAGUUGGGAAAACGUCCGGCAAAUGGUAUCACUGUAUAUGCAAAAACUCUAUGCCAUAAAUGCACUUCUGGAAGCUUUAGCUAUUGCCAGACCUGUAGUAAAGGAUUACGAAGUUAAAAUACUCAAAGCACAAAGUGCAUUGGAACGAGAUGGACAGGGAAUGUGUGACCCAGUUAAAAUAAGAGAUGCAUGCGCUAUACUGCAGGAGUUAAAGGAGCAAGCCAAUGAAGACCAAAAGAAGAUCGAUGAUCUUCAAUCUGCUCUGGAUGACUCUCUUGCAUCCGUUCCUAAUCCCGAGGAGGACCAGGACAUCUCUGCCAAUGCUCCCGUCGCACAAAAAGUCCUCGAUGAUUGGAACCGCAUCCAGCAACAGCUCCACCUGGUGCUCAAUCAGCUGAAUGAGGAGUUACCACACGCCGAAAAAUUGGCUGGAGUAGAGAAGAGCGUACAAGAAUUGCUCCCAGCAUUACAUAACAUUGGUAAUGAAUUAGAUGGUAUCAAACAUACAAUACAAGCGCGUAUAUGUGUUUCAAUGCCUGCUGAAACUGACAGUAUGGAAAAGGCAAUUGCUCAACAAAAGGUUACUGCUAAUCGCUUGAAAGAGAUAAAAGACAAUCUGGAAACUCUGAAACAGCGUAGUGAGCCCAUCAUGCAAGUGGAUACGACAUCUGUUAAACAUCUUAAAGACGAUUUUAACAAACUGGAUGACCAAUGGACCUCAGUUAAUGACUUGAGUGACCAAUACCUUGAAAAAUUGUCAUGCAUGCAAGAAGCAGUUGGCACCAUAAACGUGACGAGGGGAAUCGUAACUUCAUAUGAAACACAACUCCUUAUACAUGAUACUAUGGCUAGCACUGAGGAAGGCUUACAAAAACAAAGAGAAAUUCUGCAGAAAUUGGAUUCCGAAGUGCCGACAAACGACCCGAAAUUCGUGACAAUGGCCGACAGUUGUGAAUGUGUGAAGCAACAAGUUGAUAAAAUGAAUGAAACAACACCAGGUGUUGAUAGUGAUGAAUAUCCUGAUGUAGCGAGAAAAUUGAUUGACAGGUGGAAUCUGUCAAAAUAUCAAGUCAAGGAGAGAUUAGCAUAUGCGUUGGUUGGAGAAGCGAAACUACAAGAACUACAGAAAGAAGCGGAACUCCAUAAGGAGUGGUUGAAUGCUAAGGAAGAAAGGGUCUACUCAGAUGAAAAUUGGAUUCCGAAGUGCCGACAAACGACCCGAAAUUCGUGA